AUUGAGAAUGAGGAGAAUGUGUUGGUUUGUUUACGGAUCAUCAUAGAACUUCACAAACAGUACCGUCCACAGAUGAAUGAAGAGAUAAAAGAUUUCCUGACGUUCGUGAAGAGUAUCUAUAAUGCGAUCCCUAACCACCUGCCGAAGAUCUUCGAGCCUCACAGUCAGGUGAAGGUGAAAGACGUAAUGGAGAUCAACGUUGACGCUCUUCUACAGGAAACGUUCACCGUCACCACCAUCAUGACUGAUAAGAAAAACGCUGACAACCAAAACAUUUCCUAUAACAUCAUUCCCCGUGGUAUCCUGUCACUAAAAGUGCUGGCUGAGCUGCCCAUUAUCGUGGUACUGAUGUACCAGCUGUACAAACAGAACGUCCAUCAGGAGGUCGCAGACUUCAUUCCUCUCAUCAUGAACACCAUCAUACUACAGCCUGCGAGCGUUCACAGAUCGAGUCCAUCGUUUAACAAGGAAGUGUACGUGGAUUUUAUUGCGGCCCAGAUAAAAACUUUAUCCUUCCUGGCUUAUAUCAUCAGGUUUUACCAG